AUGGAGGCAACACUACUGCAGAUUUGCACUUGCAGCGAUAAACGUGGGAGUUUAGAAGGAACCGCCAACUGGACCGUGUUCUUCCUCGCCGCCAUCACCCUCGCUCUACCUCUGUAUACCGCCGCCUCUUCCCAAAUACAGUCGCCAGCAAAUCGUUUCGAAGACAAGCGGACUACAGUAUCGCUGUCUCAAUUCAGACAGCGAUCGUCCCCAACGCCCCCGGAAAAUAGCAACAAGAAGUUAUGCUUGCAUGAGUCGAUCCGUAAUGGGAUCCACACACUUCGUAACCCAGUGGCCACAUGGCACGGCUCCAUGAUCAUCGUAGAUCUCCGAACGCAGAACGAUCGUGACCACGAAGCCAGGUCUGGGUCGAUGAGAUGA